UGUUUCAUUCUCUGUUCUGUACUGCUUUAAGGAAGAAGAAGAAGAAGAAGAAGGAAGAAGGAAAAUGAGCGAGCUCAAAUCAGAGACGAGAAAUCUGAUAGACGACUUGAGAAACUUUGACAAAGGUUCGCUCUUUGACUUGGGCCAUCCUCUCCUCAAUCGCAUUGCCGAUAGCUUCGUCAAGGCUGCAGGGAUUGGAGCUAUCCAUGCAGUUUCCCGAGAUGUCUAUUUCAGUGCUGUGGAUGGUUCUGGUAUUGACUCUAGCACUGUGCCAGAUCUCUCGGGUGCAAAGAAGCGUAGGUUCCCAGAUCUGAGAGGAGAUCAUAGUAAUAACUCACUUGAAGCAUUGUUAAAAAACACUGGAAGGGAAUCAUUCCAAUGGGGUUUGACUGCCGGCAUUUACUCUGGGUUAACCUAUAGCUUGAGAGAGGCUCGUGGAACUCAUGACUGGAAGAACAGUGCAGUUGCAGGUGCAGUUACAGGAGCAGCUCUAGCCUUGACAUCACAGGGCGCAACUCAGGAGCAGCUGGUGCAUUACGCCAUUACCGGAGCUGCCAUCUCCGCUGCAGCUAGUCUUCUCCGUGGCAUUUUCUGAUGGAAAGACAAAUUGAUGUUUCUUGCAUUUUUUUAGUGUGUUUUUAGGCUCUUUUUUGCUGCAUGAAAAACUGAGGUUUUAAUAA